AUGUCCCUUUUGAGAUUCGAUGCCGCGGCGGCUCGGAUGCAGCUGCACCAGAAACCUGUCCGGGAUCUGAACGAAGACCUCCGCAGGAGGGGUGCACCGUGUCAUGGGAAGAAAGAUUUUGCCGUCUGUAAGCUGGCCCAGGUCAUGGCGCAGGGGUUCUGGGAUCGGUAUAGCACGGCAACGCUCCUUGCUCAGCUCCAAGCCCGCGGCGCGCAUCCUCCUGCGACGCAAACCGAGCGGUGGCUCCUCGUUUCACUCCUUGCCGACGAUGACACCUGCUUUGAGGAAUCGACGAAGCUGGCUUCCUUCACCGUGGCGCAACUGGUCGACCACAUGGCCCGAGCCCAGAUCCCACACCACCCGUGCUCUCGGCCACUCAAGUUUGACCUUGUCAACCACAUCCUCGCGCACGGCCAAAUGACGCAGGUAAGUCAAGCUCUCUCGCAGCUCGCAUCGGUCGGCCCCAGCCAGGUCAAGGCGGAUCCCAGGCCGAAAUCUACAACCCCGGUGCUCGCGAACUCAAGCGGUGUGCCCUAUGUACCGUACGCCCCACCGUCGCACUGUGAGCUCUCCAGCCUUCCCGACACCGAGCUCAAACGGCGGGGGGUCGUCCAUCACAUGGCCAGCGGUGGCCCCGCGUCCGAAGUGGCGAUGAACGACCCGCUAUGGGACGUCCACUGGCCCCCCCAACAGGACAUUUGCCCAUGGUAUUUCAACGAGCCUGCCAUCCCUGCCAUGUUGCGCGAGCAGAGUAAGGGCCGCCUCGAAGAGCAUCUCGACCCUGGGACCCAGAGGCUCGGGUGGGCCUCGGAUGGGCUGAUGUUAGGCAGGUUAGGCACGGGGGACGGGGAGCACUGGCGUUCGACACCGCCCACCGAGGCACGCUAUCUUCAUUUCUCGGCCAUGUCGCCAAAAAGCCCAGAGGCAUGUCUCGAGCGUAAUGGCACGGUUGCCUUUGGGCGUGCAGAGUCAUGUGGGAAAGCCCAGUCGAGCACAUCAGGCCCAGACGCCGAAUCUGUGCGUCUGCUGCAGAGCGCUUCAAAGCUCGCGGAACUACAACAGGGGCCGGCGCCCAAGGACUCCGCGCUGCGGUGUCUCCAAACGCAAGUCGACGAGAGUCGACGUCAGCUCGAGUCGACGCAGUCUCAACUGACAUCGAAGGAGAAGCUGCUGCAAGACGUGACGAUUCAGCUCAACGCCCUGAUGGUGGAGCACACGCUCCUGCAAGAACGGGCAGACGCUAGAGAGGAGGAUCUCAAGGAGCUGGAGCGGCACCGUGACCUCCGAACGUCCGAGCUCCAAUCUGCGCUCAAGGCGAAGGAUCGAGACCUUGAGGCUGAGCGACACGAGUUUGGGCGCCGCAUUGCGGCAAAAGACCUCGAGAUCCAGAAGAAAGACGAGGAAUGGCGCGCCCUCCAAUCCGAACGAGAUCGCCUGGCACGUGACUGUGCCGACAAGGGUCGAGAUCUCGACAUCUCACGAGAUCGACUUCGACGCCACGCCACGAAGAGCGACGACGAGAUCCGAGGGAAAGACGCGGAGAUACGCAAAUUGAAGGUGGAGUGUGAACGCUUGCGGGAAGAUCGCCCCACGUCGACCGUCCCGCCUCGUAACCCCCCUGGCCCAACAGAGCCGGGCUUGACGCCAGCGCAAAACGAGAAACUCUCUCAACACCGGCAGAAAUUGUGUGACCUGGACCUGAUGGCUUUGUGCGAUCUUGUUCAAAUACAGUGGCAGAGUCAGAAACCCACGGCCUACUGGCAAGCACGUUUCGCGGAGCUCCUGUCCCACGUCCGCCAGCGGGUCCAGGAGUCGUCGCUGGCGCCCCCACCUCCACAGACAUGCGCCGACGACCGGGCCGCCUCAGCCGCUCCGGCGCCCGCGAGGCUCCAUGAUGAGCCAAGCGCCACGUGCGACACGAAACCACCCGAGGAUCAAUUUGACGCCCUUCCCCCGGGUGCUUUCCGUCAGGACGAGCCUGCCGACACCGCUGCCGAGCACUGCGCUCCAGUGCCUCCUGCAGGCUGCGAUGGCGAGGCGGACCCAACUGCGAGCUUGGCCGAUUCGACGCAGGACCGCGAUUCGAGGCCUCCCGAGAAUGGCCAGAGAAUGGCGGCCCUCGUGGGUCCACAGCAAAUUCGAUCCGCCGAUGGUCGGCACCAGGACGCUGUCGACCUGGCGCAUCAACUCAAUGCGUGCUUUCAGAGCCCCCCAGGUACCAGGUGGUACAACUCGCUCCUCGGGCGCAACAGAGGGUACAAGCAACGGACGUUGGAACACCGUCAAGCGCUGGACAAUGCCAUUCGAGGCCUUCUCUCCGAUGCGCCGAGUCCUAGCCUACUUCAAGGCCUCAGCCGCGCGGACCAGGAGGGCGGGUAUCCGAGCGACUGGCUCAGCGACAAGGCGGCGGGGUUGAAGGCGGCGCUGGGGGAGCUUGGAGAGUUGACUCGCGCGCUCGAGGAUGGCGACCCCUGA